GCGUUUCAAAUUCUAGCAUAUCACACUAUAAAAACCAUCAAAUGUAUUUUUGUGUCUAUGUGCUCAUUCAUCUAGUUAACUUUGGUUCAAAAAUAAUAAUAUUUAAGAUUUCGUGCAAAAAUGGUAAGAGCUCCUUAUUUUGACGAAAAUGGAAUAAAGAAAGGUGCAUGGAGUGAAGAAGAAGAUCAUAAGCUUAUUGCUUACAUUGAGAGACACGGUCAUCCUAAUUGGCGUCAACUUCCUAAGUAUGCAGGUUUGUCAAGAUGUGGAAAGAGUUGUAGGCUCCGUUGGAUGAAUUACCUGCGGCCAAAUCUAAAACGAGGGAAGUAUACACCGAUGGAAGAACAAAUGAUCAUGGAAUUGCAUAAAAAGCAUGGAAAUAAAUGGUCUAUGAUUGCUGAAAAUCUAGUUGGAAGAACGGACAACGAGAUAAAGAAUUAUUGGCAUAGUCACCUAAAAAGAUUCUCAAAGCACAAUGAGACCAACUUUGGUGAGGAGACUGAAAAGACAAAAAAGAUAUGUGAUAGUGUUAGUGGUGAUUCCCACCACAUUUUGGAAAGUUCACUUUCAAUGUCCUCUGAAAUUUCCUACACAACUACUCAAGGAAACUCUCCAUCAAUUUCAUCAGAAUUUAAUCACGUAGUGGAAUCAAACGUGAACUUGUAUAGAAAAGAAGAUAGCGUUGCUUCGUGGGAAACAUUGGAUGGAUUUAGCAACAAUUUUUGGACAGAACCGUUUGUUUUAGAAAGUGCUUUGAGUCAGGAUUGCUUUCCCAUUUCAUUUUAUUGUGGAGUAGAGGCAGAAGAUCCUUUUUUUUAUGAGACACUUAAAUUAAAAUUUGAUUAACAAAAGUUAAUAUAUGUAAUUUACAUUAUAACGAGAGAGCAUGUGUUUUCCAACA